GCUAUUCUGUAUCGUCCUAUACCACCCCGUGCAGGCAAAUCAAUACCAGUUCCAGUUCCAGCUCCAGCUCCAGUCCCCGUUCCAGUCGAUAUCGAAGGGGGAGAGAAGCUUUCUAGCUGCCGACCGACACAGGUACAGAGUAGACAGACAUAUCUUCUAUCCUCCAUACAAUCUCCUUCCCGCCGACAGUAUCUAAGUGCACAUACUGUGUAAGUACCGAAACCCUCUUCUUGCGUUCUUCACACAGCACAGUUGUAUCCAAACACACGCAAAAGAGAGAAAGAAUGUAGAGGCUCCAAGACGACGACAACACCUGCCACUUCCACCCCCUCCCUCCCCUCUUUGACACUAUUCAUCUGCAAAAGAAACUGCCUACCUGGUGCACUCACUCUCUCGUGUCCGGAAUCCAAUCUAGUCACACUCCCACCUCACACUUUGCAUCGCACGUCUCGACCCUCACACUGCCCUUUCUCUCUUCUCUCCUCAAACUUAAAGUUUUCGGUGCUGUACUCUAUCGAUCACACAUCAUCCAUCGCCUUUUUCUUUUUUUACACCUUAUCAGCCCAUUCAUUCCCUUCCCACCUAUUUUAUCAGGGUCUGUCCUGUUUUGAAAUUCCUUCCAAUCGGGAAUCGGCAUUAUCGCUUCGUAGUGGAGUUCAAAAGUUGUCGACCUGACAAGGGAGACAAGCCCGUUGGACUUUCUGCUAGAGAAAAGACAUCCACUUCACACAUCUUCAAAAGAGUUGAGGCAAUUCCUAUUUUACCCUCCAUCAUUGUAAUAAUUCUUCCCCUUCUCCCUCGAUUCAAGAGCGUCAUGCGAUCGUGAAGUCUUCUUUGACUCACUCACUCAUUCACGCACGCACACACACACACACACAUUCAUCUCAACCUAACAAAAUUGCAGCUCGUCCACCCCUUGACACCACCACCUCGUAUUGCGUUUACCGAUCGAAAAACCCAACACCGUCGAAGCGGGUAACUGAGAUUUUUGUCUUCAUGGUAGACGGAAAAUUAUUCGUGACGACUUAGCAGCCUGGCUGCAUAUUCAGAGACCAAAAUGGAGGAUUCUACAAUAGCACAUACUACUGCGAUCCUGCAAACUCUCGCAUUAUCGAGCAUCGAUCUUCCACUGACGAAUGUUUACGGCAACAAGGGGAUUAGGUUACCAGGUGCAGAUACGGCAGAGAAGCUUGCCCUCGAACGAGAACUUGCGGCCUUGGUAUCCAGAGUCCAAAGAUUAGAAGCAAGGGCGAUCACAGUCAAUAAUCAAACCCUGCCCGAUACGCCGAAUGAAUUAGGAGCGCCAUCUGCUUUCGCAGAUGUACUCACUGGUGCCCCAUCCCGAGCCUCAAAGAGUACUACAUCCCGACAACAGCUCGUAAAUUCGUUGCUUGCCGCCAGAGAAGCGCCCACCGGCGGUGAAAGACCUCCUAAAUUUACGAAAUUAAGUGACGAGGAACUCGAAGCACUCCGCGAACAUGUCGACCAUCAAUCGAAACAACUCGAUAGUCAAAAAUCUGAGCUGGCCGGUGUACAUGCUCAACUGUUUGAGCAGAAGCAGAGACAAGAACAAGCACUCAACGUUCUUGAAGUCGAACGCGUAGCAGCUCUCGAAAGAGAACUGAAGAAGCAUCAACAAGCCAACGAGGCUUUCCAAAAAGCUCUACGGGAAAUAGGAGAGAUUGUCACAGCUGUAGCUAGGGGUGAUCUCAGUAAGAAGGUACAAAUCCACUCCGUGGAGAUGGACCCUGAGAUUACAACUUUCAAGCGUGUUAUUAAUACUAUGAUGGAUCAACUUCAGAUAUUCUCUAGUGAGGUUUCUCGUGUAGCUAGAGAGGUCGGCACAGAAGGUAUUCUCGGUGGACAAGCCAAGAUUUCUGGUGUUGAUGGUACAUGGAAGGAGUUGACUGACAAUGUCAACGUUAUGGCACAAAAUCUCACCGAUCAAGUCCGAGAAAUUGCUUCCGUCACUACUGCUGUAGCUCAUGGAGAUCUCACACAAAAGAUUGAGAGACCAGCCCAGGGUGAGAUACUCCAACUGCAACAAACUAUCAAUACCAUGGUGGAUCAAUUGAGAACGUUCGCCGCCGAGGUCACCCGCGUAGCAAGAGAUGUAGGAACUGAAGGUAUUCUUGGGGGUCAAGCAGAAAUCGAAGGCGUCCAGGGCAUGUGGAACACAUUGAUAGUGAACGUCAACGCUAUGGCCAAUAACCUCACCACACAAGUGCGCGAUAUAGCCAUUGUCACAACAGCUGUCGCAAAGGGAGACCUGACUCAAAAGGUCCAAGCAGAAUGUAAGGGUGAAAUCAAGCAGUUGAAGGAGACUAUAAAUUCCAUGGUGGACCAAUUACAACAAUUUGCGCGAGAAGUCACGAAGAUUGCUAGGGAGGUCGGUACCGAAGGUAGACUGGGUGGACAAGCAACAGUGCAUGAUGUUGAAGGCACUUGGAGAGACCUCACCGAAAAUGUGAAUGGUAUGGCCAUGAAUCUUACGACACAAGUACGAGAGAUUGCAAAGGUUACCACCGCUGUCGCCAGAGGAGAUUUGACCAAGAAGAUUGAAGUCGAGGUUCAGGGAGAAAUCGCUUCGCUGAAAGAUACCAUCAACACCAUGGUGGACAGACUUAGUACAUUCGCUUUUGAGGUUAGCAAAGUCGCCAGGGAGGUCGGAACUGAUGGAACUCUUGGUGGACAAGCGCAAGUUGAUAACGUCGAAGGAAAGUGGAAAGACCUCACUGAAAAUGUGAACACCAUGGCCAGAAACUUGACUACUCAAGUACGAGGUAUCUCGACUGUUACACAAGCUAUUGCCAAUGGAGACAUGAGUCAGAAGAUUGAGGUUGCUGCUGCGGGUGAAAUACUCAUACUAAAGGAAACCAUAAAUAACAUGGUAGACAGAUUGAGUAUCUUCUCCAACGAAGUGCAAAGAGUCGCCAAAGAUGUGGGUGUGGAUGGUAAGAUGGGUGGCCAAGCUGACGUUGCUGGGAUUGGCGGCCGUUGGAAAGAGAUCACAACGGAUGUCAAUACCAUGGCUAACAACUUGACAACCCAAGUGCGCGCCUUUGGUGAUAUAACUAACGCCGCAACCGAUGGCGACUUCACAAAAUUGAUCACUGUCGAGGCAUCUGGAGAGAUGGAUGAGCUGAAGCGAAAGAUCAACCAGAUGGUGUACAAUCUGAGGGACAGUAUUCAAAGAAACACCUUGGCUAGGGAGGCUGCCGAAUUCGCCAAUAGGACGAAGUCUGAAUUCUUGGCUAACAUGUCUCACGAGAUUCGAACACCUAUGAACGGUAUCAUUGGUAUGACUCAGUUGACACUCGACACCGAUCUUACUCAAUAUCAACGAGAAAUGCUCAACAUUGUUCACAACUUGGCCAACAGUUUAUUGACCAUCAUUGAUGAUAUUCUCGAUUUAUCAAAGAUCGAAGCAAACCGUAUGAUCAUGGAGGAGAUUCCAUACACUCUUAGAGGAACCGUCUUCAACGCCCUCAAGACUCUCGCUGUCAAGGCAAAUGAGAAGUUCCUAGACCUCACUUACCGCGUAGAUAGCUCAGUUCCAGAUCACGUGGUUGGUGAUUCAUUCCGUCUUCGACAAGUUAUUCUCAACUUGGUUGGAAACGCUAUCAAGUUCACAGAGCAUGGUGAAGUUUCGUUGACCAUCCAAAAAGCCGAGCAAGAUCAUUGUGCGCCGAACGAAUAUGCAGUCGAGUUUUGUGUUUCUGACACUGGUAUCGGUAUCCAAGCUGAUAAGCUCAAUUUGAUUUUCGACACUUUCCAACAAGCUGACGGAUCUAUGACGAGGAAAUUCGGAGGUACUGGUCUAGGUCUAUCAAUUUCGAAGAGACUUGUAAACCUCAUGCGUGGAGAUGUUUGGGUUAAGAGUCAGUACGGAAAAGGCAGUUCAUUCUACUUCACGUGUACCGUCCGCCUCGCAACCUCAGAUAUCAGUUUCAUUCAGAAACAACUCAAGCCAUAUCAAGGUCACAAUGUUUUGUUUAUCGACAAAGGACAGACUGGCCAUGGCAAAGAAAUAAUCACUAUGCUUACACAACUUGGUUUGGUACCCGUUGUUGUUGACUCUGAGCAGCACACUAUUCUUCUCGGCAAUGGAAGAACCAAGGAGAAGAUUGCUUCAACUUAUGACGUGAUUGUUGUGGACUCAAUUGAGUCCGCUCGAAAACUGCGAUCAAUCGAUGAGUUCAAGUAUAUUCCAAUUGUUCUCUUAGCUCCCGUUAUUCAUGUCAGCUUAAAGUCUGCUUUGGAUCUUGGUAUCACUUCUUACAUGACCACUCCAUGUUUAACGAUCGAUCUUGGCAAUGGUAUGAUUCCUGCUUUGGAGAAUCGAGCUGCACCCUCAUUGGCGGACAACACAAAAUCCUUCGACAUUCUCUUGGCCGAAGAUAACAUCGUCAAUCAACGCUUAGCGGUGAAGAUUCUAGAAAAGUAUCACCACGUCGUCACAGUCGUUGGCAAUGGUCAAGAAGCACUAGAUGCUAUCAAGGAGAAACGAUACGAUGUUAUUCUCAUGGACGUUCAAAUGCCAAUUAUGGGAGGAUUCGAAGCAACCGCUAAGAUUAGAGAGUACGAACGGAGUCUUGGAACGCAAAGAACGCCUAUUAUCGCACUUACAGCACACGCUAUGUUGGGUGAUCGCGAAAAAUGUAUUCAAGCCCAAAUGGAUGAAUAUCUUUCUAAGCCUCUGAAACAAAAUCAUCUUAUUCAGACGAUCUUGAAAUGUGCAACCCUUGGAGGUGCAUUGCUCGAGAAGGGUAGGGAGGUUAGGCAAUCCGCUAAUGAAGAGAGCCCCAAUUCGCAAAAUGGUCCUCGCGGUGCACAGCAUCCUGCAUCAAGUCCCACACCAGCCCAUAUGAGACCGGCUAUCGAACCUCGUGCAUACACGACCACUGGCCCUAUAAAUCAUGGAAGUGCAGAGAGUCCUUCACUUGUAACGGCAGAUGCUGAGGAUCCACUUGCGAGGGUAAGCACUUGCUGAUCUACAUUCUAAAUUCCACAGAGCCUGUACUAAGCAGUUCUGUAGCUUCUAAUGCGUGCGCAUAGCAGCUAGUGUGAGAUUCAUCGUGGCCGAAGUUCGAUGAUAUAUGCAUGGAUUGAUGGGCAUAGAAAAGCUCUGCCAUUAUUUCCAUUUUCUUUUUCGUAGAUACCACCGACUGCGAGUACUUGUUGUUCUUUUCGAUUAUCUCAUCCAAACCUGUUUUCAGAAUGGCGAAGGGCGUUUUUGGGGAAAGGGAAUAAACCACGUUUCGUCAAAUAAAUUUGGACGAAGUAUUUUUGUUUGGUGCAUGGAAUUGCCUUGUUUUAUUUCACCCAUCCGGGAGAUUUCUCUGAGGGCUCAAAUCAAUUUACUUUCACAACACUCGUUCCUGUGCGAACUGGCAGUGUUUGCUACUAUUACUACUUUUUGGGCGGUGGAGAAUUAUGCAUUGAUGAGAAAUUGGUGGAUGGUUUGACGGAAGGGCGGGGAAUAUUGAAUGCUAGUGAAUAUUAUGAUGGAUAUGUAUGGUGUGAGGGGUAAGGGGGGUAUUUGAAGAGAGGAAGCUAAAUGGAUGCGAAAGGUUCGAUGUAUGUAUGGAGAUGAGAAUAAAUGAGAAUCAUGAUGCA